CUCCUGUCGGGAGUGUGUGAGUCUCGGUCGGACAGCGGAGAGGAAUGAAGCCGUGUCGCAGCUCUCCUGCCUCAGUACGAGAAGCCUCAGACGAUAUCUGAAAAUCGACGACACUCAGAAAAUAGAUGGAGGGACCAGAAGGUACAGAUAAUGGUUUGUGUGUGGGCUGUGGAGGAAAAAUCCAGGACUCCUUUCACAUGAAAGUGCUCCAGGACAUCUGGCACAACGCCUGCUUUCAAUGCUCCGUGUGCUGUGACCACCUGACUAACUGGUACUACGAGAAGGAUGGAAAACUGUACUGUCGCAAACACUACUGGGAGAAGUUUGGAGAGCUCUGCCACGGCUGCUCUCUGCUCAUGACUGGACCUGCCAUGGUGGCCGGAGAACACAAGUAUCACCCCGAGUGCUUUGUAUGUUUGAGGUGCAUGGUGGUGAUUGAAGACCGGGACACCUACGCCUUAGUGGAACGAUCGAAACUCUACUGUGGAAAGUGCUACAAGCAGGUGGUCCUCACGCCAAUGUUGGAGAAGCGUUCACAUGACUCGGUGCUCGACUCCCUGCCCCACACCGUGACUCUAAUCUCCAUGCCCUCCGCAGCCAACGGCAAGAGGGGCUUCUCCGUCUCAGUGCUGAGGGACGUCAACGGUUUGGCGAGCGUUGUAGUCAAAGAGGUCAGAGGGAUGCUUAUUAGUCCAGAGGUCCGAAAUGCCAUCCAUGUUGGAGACAGGAUCCUGGAGAUCAAUGGCGUUCCAGUCGGGACGUUAUUGGAGGAGGAGGUUGACGAUCUUAUCCAUCGCACCAGUCAAACUCUGCAGCUGCUUAUCGAGUACGACCCGGUCAGGCAGCGUUUGGAUCGCCUCAGACUGGAAUCACCCCGGAGCCGACUGGGAGUCCCCGCCACCGCCCGCAUGCGUCUGUCCUCACCUUCUGAUGCAGUCCUGGAGAGAACGGAUGUAGUUGAUGAAGGCACGCUGAAAAGGAGAUCUUUGAGGAGGAGCAACAGCAUAUGUAAGUCACCCGGACCAAAUUCUCCCAAGGAGAUGUCAUUUAUUGCUCGAGACAUCAGUCGCUCUGAGUCCUUGAGAUCGUACAAUAGCUGCUCUCAUCGCAUCUUCCGCCCCUGUGACCUCAUCCACGGAGAGAUCUUAGGAAAAGGUUUCUUCGGACAGGCCAUCAAGGUGACUCAUAAAGCCACAGGAGAGGUGAUGGUGAUGAAGGAGCUGCUCCGCUGUGAUGAGGAGACGCAGAAAACGUUCCUGAAGGAGGUCAAAGUAAUGCGGAGCCUCGAUCACCCACACGUAUUGAAGUUCAUCGGCGUGCUGUACAAGGACAAGAGGCUCAAUUUGAUAACUGAGUUUAUCGAGGGAGGCACCCUGAAGGAUUUCAUCGGAGACACUGACCCAUUUACAUGGAAGCAGAGGGUGAGCUUUGCAAAGAGCAUCGCCUCUGGCAUGACCUACCUUCACUCAAUGAGCAUAAUACACAGAGACCUCAACUCUCACAACUGCCUGGUUAAACUGGACAACACGGUGGUCGUUGCUGACUUUGGACUCUCUCGACUCAUUGUAGAGGACAAAGUAAAGCCCCCAUCUGAAAAAACGUCCAAUAAAAAGAGGAUUUUCAGGCGUAGUGACAGAAAGAAGCGGUACACUGUUGUGGGAAACCCGUACUGGAUGGCCCCAGAGAUGCUGAAUGGUAAACGCUACGAUGAGAAGGUGGACAUUUUCUCCUUUGGAAUUGUGCUUUGUGAGAUCAUUGGAAAAGUCUAUGCAGACCCCGAGUGCCUCCCCCGGACGCUGGACUUUGGCCUGAAUGUUGGCAAGUUUGUGGAGAAGUUCCUCCCUGACGACUGCCCAGCAGCUUUCUUCCCACUGGCUGCGGCCUGCUGCGACCUCACACCAGACAACCGUCCACCUUUCCAGAAGUUGGAGGACUGGUUCGGUGCGAUGUUCUUCAACCAGGAGCUCGGGAUCCCCCUGCCAGCCGAACUUGAGGAAGUGCAUCAAAGUCUGAGACAACUCUACUGGCCUAAAGACAGCUCUCCAUCGCCGAGCACAGAUCAGCCGUCAACCCCGACAGCUGCCUCUCCAGAAUCUUCCAGCGUGACAGACAACGGCACCUAGUCCCUGUGUCUCCCUCGUUUAACCCCUCUGAAAUGCUGCACUAAUACUGUGGAUGUGAAAAAGAGGAAAACUGAAUUGAACCCGAGCCAUUUUGGAACUGGAUAACCUGAGGUAGCUGGACCAAUUUUCUCCCCGUGUGGGAGGUUAACUGCAGUGUGAGCGGAAAGAUGGAUUUCAAAAAGACGAGUGUUAGUUACUGAUUCUUUUAUUUAACCACUCUGUCCCAUUCAACACACGCAGGUUUGUACUAAUGUUUACUGUGUAUAAAGACAAAAUACAACUUUCUGUGACCCUAUCUCUGACACAGGACGAGCAGUAAGGUGGAAAUUAACGAUGAGUCCUCGUGUUACUGCAGUUUUGUUUUUCAGCCUGGGAAGUUGUUGUUUUCCAGAUCAUUCCUCGCCAAUAAAAUAACUCCCUUCACCUCCGCAGCAGCAAAGACAACAUAAAGGUGUUACGAUUUAUCUGAUCAACAUGUCAGGGCAGGGCUCAAUGAAAACCGGAGUGACUGUAGUCAAAGCAAAAAAUAACACUGAUCCAGAAUAGUUUCGUCACUCUGAGGUUUGGCACAAGAUGACUAUGGGCACAACUUAGCACAACUGAUAGAUCUUUGUUUUUGUUUUGACGAAAUGGUUACAAGUUUUUUUUUGUAUUCUAAUGAUUUUAAUGAUCCUUUCUUAGAAUGAUGUAUGAACAGCAUUUAGAUUUUGGGCAGAAGCUCCUCUGGAACAGAAGAGCUUUUAUUAAUGAUUGUUAGACGUAACCAUGACCAUGAAAAUUUUUACUUGUACAGAAAACUGGAUUUUUUUUCCUUAAGCAAUGUGUAUAAAUAUGUAUAUAUGCCUUUAAUUGGAUGUCAUUUUCUAACGGGAACUCUAGAUUUUUAGACAUUUCGUCAACAAUGGAACAUUUUUGCCUUUUUGGUCUCAUCAUGAAAGGUACUUACGACCUGUUGUAACCACUAUUAUUUAUAUCACUUUAGUGUUUCAUAAAUAAACCUUCAGAAAGAU